GACAAACCAUUCGGCUCAGUCUAAGUCUAAAAGCAGGAGCUGAACUUUAACAGAUUCCACCUUUAAAUCUCUGCACUGACUGCACAAUCCAAACAAUGAGAAAUAGGGGGGGGAUAAAAUAAUAACACAAGCAAGGCAAAAGAGAAAAAAUAAUAGAAUAGAAUAGAGGGAAGAAGAAGAAAAAAGAAGAAGAGGAGCAGCAGCAGGCAGCAGCAGGGCUCCUCCAUGCAGGCCUGUCAGUAGUGAGGAAGGAAGGGGGGAUUACACUAAGUAUAGGGUAGGUGGCCUCAGAGGGGUGGGAGGGGGUUGAUUGCUCUCAAUCACAAAGUUUGAUGAUGACCAUGACUACGAUGGCUGACGGCUUGGAAGCUCAGGACUCGUCCAAGUCUGCCUUUAUGGAGUUUGGUCAGCAGUCCUCCCACUCCCAGCAGAGCUCUCCGGCUAUGGCUGCCAGCCACUACCCGCUGCACUGCCUGCACUCCGGCUCCCACCCUCACCACCACCACCAUCACCAGCACGACAGCUCGUCCUACCCGGGCACCAACUCCCAGUACGGCCGCUCCCUGGCCGCCUAUCCGUACAUGAGCCAGCACAGUCCCUACCUGCAGUCCUACAACAGCAGCAGUUCCAGCAGCACGGCCACCCAGACCCGAGCAGAAGAACCAGAUCAGCAGAAAACGACAGUCAUCGAAAACGGGGAAAUCAGGUUCAAUGGUAAAGGGAAGAAGAUCAGAAAACCCAGGACAAUAUACUCCAGCCUGCAGCUACAAGCGUUAAACCACCGUUUUCAACAAACGCAGUAUCUUGCCCUGCCAGAGAGGGCUGAGCUGGCUGCUUCCCUGGGCCUGACUCAGACACAGGUGAAAAUCUGGUUCCAGAACAAGCGGUCCAAAUACAAGAAAUUGCUGAAACAAGGCGGUAACCCCCACGAAAGCGACCCCCUGCCCGUCUCUGCUGCCCUGUCCCCCCGAUCUCCAGCUAUCCCCCCAGUCUGGGACGUUACAGCAUCAGCAAAGGGGGUGAAUAUCCCCCCAAACAGCUACAUGCCUACUUAUUCCCACUGGUACUCCUCCCCACACCAAGACACAAUGCAAAGGUCGCAAAUGAUGUGACAGCUCCAGGGGUUGCAUUUUUUUAUUAUUAUUAUUAUUGCGCACAGACUGCAAUGGCUUCAAACAGUUUCUUGCCAAAAUGAGAGAACAUGGGGCAAGCUUUUUAUUUUCUGGUGGAACCCACUCCACUUCCUUCUGAAGAAACCUCAAAGACACAACUUGAUAUCUCACUAAAAAAAAAAAACGUUGAUCUUGGGGAACACAAUGGAUGGCCCUCCAGGAAUAACAAUGGAGACGUUGGAAACGCAGUUGGAGACGUUGGAAACGCAGGAAAAACGGCACAAACGCGCUUCAGCGUUGCUAUAACAGAGUAGAAGGGGAGCUUUUUAUUGUUUUUUUUUUUUGUUUUUUUGUUUCCUGCAACGGUACCUUCUGCUUGAGGUGCAAAGAAAAUAAAACAUUCACAUACCAGUCUGGCUACAGUGAAACAAACCACUUUUUUUUUAUAAAAAAAAAAGAGACUGUGAAUUGUCGCAGAUUAGGUGAGAAGACUCAACCUUUAAAAAAACAAAAAAAAAUACAGGGACUUUAUAAUUAUGAAAUGUAUGUAUAUAUUGUUGAAUUUUAGUUGUAUAUACUUUAUGUUAUUGUCUUUCAUAAAUGGAGAAAAAAAGAAUUCCUUGCUGAACAA